AGGUUCGUUAUUGAGAUUACAGGGUCUUCUAUGUUACUGCUGGUUCUCUAAUUUAUAGCUUCUACAAACGCUGCUUCUCUUUCUGCGGGUGAAACAUUUGCCACUGAGUUCCAAAUUCUAGUGGUCUUCAGUGUUGGGAUUAUUAAGCUGCACUCUGCUUCUUUUCAGUUAGUAGGGGACAACAUCAGGGCUUUGUUUUGUUGAAUUGAACCCUUGGAAGAAUGCUCUUCAGGAGUUUACAUUCUUGCAAACUCCAGUCUCUGAGUCUCAGGUGCUUCUCAUCUGCAACUCCUUUUGUACUUAAGCCUGGGGAUGUAUUGAGAAAAGAAAGGCUUUUUACCGAGGAAGAUGUCCUUCAGUUCUCCAAGGUUAGUCAUGAUUCUAACCCUUUGCAUACUGAUUCUGAUACUGCCCGAAAUGUUGGAUUUGAAGGUCCACUGGUACAUGGGAUGCUCGUUGCUUCUCUCUUUCCUCAUAUAAUCUCAUCACAUUUUCCUGGAGCUGUGUAUGUAUCUCAAAGCUUGAAUUUUAAGUUCCCCGUCUAUAUUGGAGAUGAGAUAAUUGGUGAAGUACAAGCAACUAAUCUGAGAGAAAAUAAAAAUCGAUAUCUUGCAAAGUUUAAGACAAGGUGCUUUAAGAAUGGUGAGUUGCUUGUCAUUGAAGAGGAUGCCCCACAUCAGGAAUGAGAUGAACAACACAAGUACCUGAAUGCCACGAGCAUCUGAAGCAUUAUUUUUUGGUGGAACUGGUGGUUGAGUGGCUGCAAUAUUUUCAGUAACAUUUAUGGCAACUUUCAUUCCCUUCAAACAGAAACCUCCUCUACUUAAGAAGUAAUAGGUCUUGGCCUCUUGCAGGUGAAACACGUCCCUUCCUGCGCCCCCAGUUACAUUCUUAAUGAAAUUUGUCUCCAUGCAGUUUUUGUAGCUAGUCUCGUUCACCUCCAGCACAUUGUACAUGUACCUAUCAUAUCCAAAGUCUGGCAGGCAAAAAAAAUAAAACAUCAGUAAAUCAUAGUACGAAGAGAAAGUAAAUUAAUCUACAGUAAUUUGUGCCUUUUAAAAUUGUCCAUUUCUCACCCAAAAAGCUUUACUUGUAUUAA